GGAUGUACCGACACGGACAGGCUGCUAGCCCUGCAUUUCAAUUUCCAGUGCUCAUAUCUUGCGCCUUGGGAGAGCGAGACCAAUAUGGCCUCAGUAAGCGAGCAGGCGGCGCACGGCGCCGCAUCGACGUCCACCCUCUCCACCGAGCAACUCGAACUCAAUCUCGCGCUGCUGGUGACCUGUCAAUCUCCCGACCAUCCUCGUGCCCUGCAGUCAGUCAAAGAGCUGAUCGAGCGAGGUGCCGAUGCUUGGUACGAAGACUCAGAACUCGGGUGGAGCAGCCUGCACUAUGCUGCAGAGAGCGAUAAUGCUGAGCUUUGCUCAUACUUGCUCUCGCACGGUGCCAUCUGGAAUGCUGUCGAUCACUUGGGCUUCGCAGCCGCCGAAGUCGCUUUCAGCCUGAACCAUGAUGCAUGCUACCGGAUCAUCUUCGAAGAAGGCGUGAGACAGACUGUCAUUCUGAACCUGCUUGGUCGCCAAGCCGAGGACGAAGAUGAAGCCGCAGAUGCAGAUGCAGAAGACGAACAGCCGCAAGCAGACGCAGAGGCUGACCAUCCUGGCGGUACAGCCGUGGCGAUUGCGUCGGACGAGGGCGGCUGUGCUCACAUGGUUCUCCAACCAGAGCAUGCAGACCUGGCGAACGACAAUGACAAAUUCCUCAAGAGCAAGUUGAGAUUCAUACCCAGCGCCGACGAUCCGGAAGUGGUCGAGAGGUGCCUGGACGAAGAUGGAAACAUGGUCAUGGCCGCUUGGGAGACUGAUAUCAUGGAACGCACAACGCGAUUGCUGUGUGAAGGCCAGCCGGAAGGAUUUUCCAUCCUGAAUGUCGGCUUUGGUCUGGGGAUUGUGGACCGCCUGUUUCAAACAUAUAAACCCGGACGACAUGUGAUUGUCGAAGCGCACCCAGAUGCGCUGGCGCUGAUGCGCUCGCAAGGCUGGGACAAGAAACCAGGUGUGGAGAUUUUCGGAUGCAAAUGGGAGGAUGCGAUCAACGACGUGCAGCUUGGCAGCUUUGACGCCGUCUUCUGGGAUACAUUCAGCCAAGACUAUGCGGAACAGAGGGUCUUCUUUGACGAGCUACCAAAUUUGCUCUCUGGCCCACAGGCGCGCUUUUCCUUUUUCCAUGGCCUAGCGGGCACGAACGCGUUUUUCUAUGACGUGCUCACGCGCGUCGCGGAGAUCGACCUACGCGACAUUGGCCUCGAGACGACGUGGUUCGAGUUGCAGCCGCAACUGAAGGAGGAAGUCUGGGAAGGGGUGAAGCGAAAAUACUGGAGCCUGGACACGUAUCGAUUGCCGCUGUCUACGAUGGCUCUGUGAAAUUGACAAUGCCUUCGUUCGUAGGACAGCAUCCCCGUGUUCUUAGCCUGACGAGAGCUA